CCUGACUGGCCCCGGCCCCAUCUAUUCUCUGCCUCCCGAGCAGGGGUGGGUUUCUGCCGGCGCUGAUGCCGGUUUGGUGUGCGUGCGAUUUGCCUUCUCCAGAUGGACGCGGGGUGGUGAGUGAUGGUCUUUCCCAUCUCUUCUACUGGCGCACUUUCUGAGAAUUGGUGCUGCUAGUCCAGGGCGUAAAGUGGGAAUAGGCACACGGGCACAUGGGCCGAAACGCUGGAGCCUUGGACCGAGGAACCGCUGCCUGGUGGACUUAAUGUGCGUUAUGCUUUGGUUGCUUUUCGGUUGGCAUCACAAUCUGAUUUAAUCCCAGUGGAUUAUAUGACUUAAUUUUUGAUUAAAAAUAACCUGGGAAAUAAAUUCCAGAUACAUAACAAAUAAAUCCAUUGCGGGGAGACUGAAGGGGGUGGGUGGGACGGCUGGGACUGAAUGCCAGCUCCCCCUCUAGGCCCAGUGGGUUCGCCCUUUGGGAAAGAGUCGUGUGUGGCCAGCAAGCGGAUCUGAAGGGUGCUUAGCUAAGCAGCUGGUUUCUGUCCGUGGCUUCAGGGAGGCUGGUGCAGGCCGUAUCUCUGGCAAGUGGAGUAUCUGGCAGACCUUGGACUCUGGGACAAAGGUCUCUCCAUUCCCCUCCCCCUGAGCGUCUGACCGGAAGGAAUCGGCAUGGCUGGAAUCUGCAUUGUCCAUCCUCUGCUGACAAGCUGACGUGUCCACCUGGAGGGCUCCAGACUCCUCUUUGGCCCUGGUGAAGGUCCUCUGCCUUGUCCAGAGGUCCUGAGCCCCAUCCUCUAUGCCUUCCCACCUGCUGCCUCCCAAGGAGCCUCACCAGCUUCCUCCAGUCCCACUGGCAAGGUCUUCUGGGGAAUGGGCCCAAAGAGGCUGGCCCUCAUCGUCUGCCUUCUGGUCCUCAUUGUGCUGAUGGUUGCCCUCAUCCUGCUCUUUUUGUUCUGGCGGCCCAGCACAGGCAUCGUGUACAAGCAGCCCACGGAGAGCUGCAGUGACCGUGCUGUGCGGUGCGAUGGGGUUCCCGACUGUUCUCAGAGGAGCGAUGAACUGGACUGUGUGCGCUUUGGCUGGAACCACUCCGUGCUCCACGUCUACUCAGGAGCAGAGAGGGCGUGGCUGCCUGUCUGCAGCCACGCCUGGACUGAAGCCUUCUCCCGAAAGACCUGUCAGCAGCUGGGAUUCCUUAAUGCUUCCAACACAGAAUACGUCCCUCUGGCGUUUUCUGGGAAAAGUCUUGUGGCUGGCGAGAUGCGGAAAACUAUCCAGCAGAGUCUCAACAGCUCCCGGUGCCGCUCUGGAAAGCAUGUCUCUCUCCGAUGCACAAACUGUGGGCAACGGAUAUCCGUCCGCAUUGUGGGAGGCACUGAAGUAUCUGCCAGCAAAUGGCCCUGGCAAGUGAGCCUCCAAUAUGGCUCUGCUCACAUCUGCGGUGGCACCAUCAUUGAUGCCCAGUGGGUGCUGUCCGCAGCCCACUGCUUCUUCAUAAACAGCGUGAAAAUCCUGGACGAGUGGAAGGUCUACGCUGGGACCUCUGAUCUCAAGCAGGCGAAGGAGGGGAUCCUGGUCUCUGAGGUCAUCAUUCAUGCUAACUACAGCGAUGAUCACGAUGACUACGACAUCGCCCUGAUGAAGCUCUCCCAGCCCUUGGCCCUCUCAGCUCAGGUCCGCCCAGCUUGCCUUCCCAUGUCAGGCCAAAGGUUUCUUCCUGGGAGGGCCUGCUUCAUCACGGGCUUUGGCAAAACCAGUGAAAAUGAAGAGAAUACGUCGCCCAGGCUGCGAGAAGCAGAAGUGAAGAUCAUCGACUACCAGCUCUGCAACAGUCGCAACGUCUACGAGGGGUUCUUGACCCCCCGGAUGAUGUGUGCCGGGUUUCUGCAAGGGGGCAAAGACUCUUGCCAGGGCGACAGUGGUGGCCCCCUGGUUUGUCAGGACAGUAAUCGAUGGUACUUGGCUGGGGUCACCAGCUGGGGAACCGGCUGUGGCCAGCGAAACAAGCCAGGGGUCUAUUCCCAAGUCACCAAGUUUCUCGGUUGGAUUUACAGCCAAAUGGAGAAUCAGACCCCUUAGAAGAAGAAGACGACCACCCCACCCCUUUCUGGGGAAGAGGAACAAGAUGGUGAAGGUGGGGCGACUGCACCUCCUUGCCCUUGGUCCACGAGGAUACCAGUGGGGCAGGGCUCCUCCCAAUGUCCUCUGGGUCCCCCAGGCUGGAACCAGUUGGGGACUCUGGUUUGAAGGAUGCAGCUGGUGGUGAGGCUGGAGCCAGUGCUUGGCGAGACAGGCGGGGCAGGAUGGAAGGAUCCUGCUCUGUGGCGGAGAACUGGUCACACAUGGGCACCCAAGACGACGGCACCCUCAGCAGGCAGAACGGGGUCAGCCGGGACGUUUCCUAGGGCGGGAUCUGGCUGGCAGCACCACAGGCCCCUGGAAACUGGACUCGCUAGAACAGCCCUCUGCUGCCUCACCUCCUCAGUGCUUCUGUGCCUUUGCUCUGGCAGCCCACUGCGACCCCCCCGCCCCCCGGAGAAGAGGGGGAACUGCGCAAGGAACACGCAGGCGUUGAUUUUCCAUUCCCCAGGCACACAGCUCCUUCCCUGUCUCUUCCUGAAAAGGAACACCUUGCUUGCUGAAAAUAGAAGUGCCAGCUUAGGCUCAUUUUCCAGAUUCCUUGCCCCAAUCUGCUUCUCUGAAUCAUAGUGGCAGGCAGCCUCCCCUUGCUGCCUCCUCCUCCUCCUCCUCCUCCCCCCUGCCAUCUUCUCUCUCUCCUUCUGCCGUGGCUGGGAAACGGCCCCCGGCAGCUAAGCCAGAGAGGGUCUUCUUCAGCUCCACCGUCAGCAGGUCAGGGCCUACCUUGCACGUUGGCUGGUGGUGCAAUUGGAGGCAGCCCGGAAGCCGGUUUGUGUUGGUGCGAGGUGCGAGCGUACUAAAGGUUCUAAGACACGAGGAAAAGCAGAGGAGGCAGAAGCGGCCCAAAGGAACCUCUGGCUUCAAGGAACUGUGGCCGGCAGUGCUCAGCAGAGGCCCCCAAUCUGUGUCAAGUCAGCCCCCCCCCCCAUUCCCUCCUUUGACCAGGUCCCGGGAGGCAGGCAGGGACUUCUCCUGAAAUCACACUGAAGUGGGGGACUUCAGAGUACGUGUGGCCUUUCCCCAUCUGUGGCCAACCCAAUGCAUUUCGUAAGCAGCCUCCUUGGUGGAAAAGAGGCUCACUGGUCAAAGCGGCA